AUGGCUAAUGUGAGUUUUUGCGGUUUGAAGCCAAUGCUCUUUCGCCGCAAGACGAAUAUUUUUGAGGGAAUAAAAGCGUUUGGGUCGCCCAAGAAGUCUUCAAGGGUAAGGGAAAAGGAAAAAGAAAAGAAAAGGAGCAAACCGAACACUAAUAAUAAUAAUGAUAAUAAAUGUUAUAGUAAGUGUAUACCAAAAUCAGCUAUUAAAAUUAGCCACAAGUAUAAUGGAAAUUCAACGGAGUUGUCAUUUAUAGGAGCAGACCAAUUGAUUUUAAUGGUAGAGAUCCAUAAGAAGAUAAUGUCAUUCAGGGACAUCAUGGAUCUUUCUCUAUGUAACAGUUCUGCUUCCUUACGUGAGAUUGUAUUGAAAACCUUGGAGGAUCUCCAGAAGGUUUAUCCAGCAAUCAUACCGAGAAAGGAAGUGGCAAAGAUUAAAGACAAGUCUACAGAUCAGGCUAUGGCGUAUUUAUGCUCGGCGUUGAAGUGUCUCGGAGAGUCGUGGAUGGAGAACAAUGAUUUGAAGGAAAAGCUGAAAAUCGUGCUACCAACAUGCAAGGAUGAAGGCAACAUGAGCAAAAUUGGUGAAAGCAUGUUGGUGACACUAGAGAGCUUGAUGAAGUUGGCAAGUGAGAGGUUCGAUGACGUGGAAGAAGAAGAAGAGGAGGAGGAGCAUGAAAGGAGCAAUAAAUCGUUGAAUUCGUUCUCAGAUACAACAAGCAGCAUUCACAGCUUCUCUCUUUCGUCUUCUCCGAUGACACCAACAUCAGUUCUUCCGAAUAAUCCAUGCACCUCUCCCCUUCUUUAUUCCCUCAGGGUUCAAGCCGUCGGCAAACUCAACCCUAUCGAUAUCAAGCGCUUGUCUUUCCACAUGUCACCAACGCGCAUCAAGCUUCAAGAGAAACAACACAUUAACAAUCAACCAAUGGAGGAACAAACUACUUCUCACCAACUAGAGUUUGAUUUCGACACUAGAAUUCACCAACCUCCAACUUUAACAUCAAAUCCCAAUCCACCACCAAUACCUUCACUUCUACCACCACCACCACCACCUCCUCCUCCUCCUCCUCCUCCUCCCCCUCCAGUACUCAAUGGAGGAUCAGUUGUAGCACUACCACCUCCGCGGCCGCCUUCUUCUCCACCAGCACCACAACUACCUGGAAUAGCAGAUGCAAUCUUGCCACCUCCACCAGUGCCGCCGCGUGGAGGUGGAGGAUCGCCACCACCUCCUCCUCCCGGUGGAGUAGGGAGUAGGUCCUUGCGCGCCAAGGCAACUACUAAGUUGAAAAGGUCAGCCCAAUUAGGCACCCUUUACCGAACUCUUAAGGGAAAAUUGGAAGGUUCUAGCGUCACCAACAAAUCCUCCGGCGGGAGGAGGGUUGCAGCUGCCGCCACCGGAGCUGGAAAACAAGGAAUGGCCGAUGCUUUAGCUGAGAUGACAAAGAGAUCCACUUACUUCCAACAAAUAGAAGAAGAUGUUGAGAAGUACACAAAACAAAUCGUAGAGCUGAAGACUGUUCUUACCAACAUGAAGAUAAACGAAAUGGCCGAAUUGAAGAAGUCUCACAGGGAAGUUGAAUCCGUUCUUGAGAAACUCACUGAUGAAUCACAGGUGCUAGCGCGGUUUGAAGGUUUCCCCACAAAGAAGUUGGAAGCUCUAAGAAUGGCAGCAGCAAUGUACGAUAAGUUGGAUUCAAUACUCUCUGAACUUCGAAAUUGGAAUCUUGUGUCUCCAUUGGCUCACCAACUUGACAAGGUUGAACGUUACUUCAACAAGAUCAAAACCGAUUUAGAUGCCUUGGAACGAACCAAAGAUGAAGAAGCAAAGAAACUUAAAAGCCAUAACAUCGAAUUCGACUUCCAUAUUCUAGUAAAAAUCAAGGAAGCAAUGGUGGACGUUUCCUCAAAUUGCAUGGAGUUAGCACUAAAGGAGAAGCGAGAUAAUGAUGGUAGCAAGAACGAAGCAGCAAAACAAGAAUGUUGCAAAUUGCUAUGGAAGGCAUUCCAAUUUGCUUUCAGAGUCUAUACAUUCGCUGGUGGACAUGAUGAUCGUGCUGAUAGGCUAACAAGAGAACUAGCACAGGAAAUAGAGAAGAACCCUAUUUCAAUCAUGAACAAAGAAAAGAAAAUUGCAUGA